AUGAACAGUUUCGUGUCUCAUUCCUCUCCUCCCCUUUCCGCUGGAAUAAAUGAGAUGUCACUGGCGGAAUUGCGGUUAGGUAUUCACGAAUUCCUUCGGUCAAGCGGAGCUUUGGGUUCUCUCAAAACACAACUACGUGGUGUCAUUACAUCAGAGUUGUUAAAGCGGAGACGGACAAAGGAUAUUACCGCCGGUGAAUGCAACAGUCGGGAGCUGGACGCGGGGGCUGAUGUUAGUAAUAAGGAUGGAGAAGGCGAAAGCGCAUGGAUACAGCGUCUCGCCGAUGCUAUAGUGGAGCAGCAUCUGCGGCAAACGGGGCGUGCCUUUUCGUUGGCGAUUUUCAGUAGUGAGGCAGAUGUAAGCUUCAGAGCAACUGGGGACGAUGCCCUCGCAGUACUCCUCCAUCUUGACAACCCCGUAUUGACUACGGCGGGUUGGCGUGCGGGACCGGACUCGACUCCUGCCAAUGCGAAGGUUGCACAUCACCGGAGUAGCAGUUUUUUACAGAUUCUUACAGCUGCACACUUGAGGCAUGUGGGUGAUAGUCGAGGACAGCGACCUAGAUACGCUGUCGGUACUCAAACUGAUAGUGACUUUGGUAGUGAGUUUUCGGGGGAAUCCGCGAAGCCACCGGUUGAGGUUCGCCUUGCAGCUGUGGAUGCAAAGUAUGCUCUUUGCUUCGCCCGUAUGGAACAUUCGACACGCGAGGAACUGGACCGGCACAUGGAAACUUACAGAGAGGAAUUGAAGCUGCAGAUGGAACAAACAUACCAGCAGCGGCUUCGUGCUUUCGAGCAGCAAAAGCUUUUGGAGGUGCGGCGGGAGGCGGAAGAGCAUUUCAGACUACUACUUCAACACAAGAUGGAGGAGCAACGGGAAAUAGAAAGGCUAAGUGCUCAACGUGUGGAGGCUGAACGCGUCCGGCUCUCGCAGGCACGUGAAGAUAUACAACUACAGCGUGUUGAAUUGGAGCGACGGCAGCGUGAAAUACAGCUCCUGUUGGACGAGCGUGAUAAGGCGACGGUCGAGAUGGAAGGCCGCUUGCACGACGCGAAGCAGCAAAUACGCGUCUUAACAUCACAACUGCAACAGUUUGAGGAGCUCUGUGCCUCCCGACUCGCUGAGGCUGAAGCAGCACGUGACCGUGAGAUGCGGCGGGUGGGAGAUAUUCGGCGGCUUCAAGCAGAGCAUGUGGCAGAGUUACAACUAAAGGAUGAGGAAAUUUGUCGUUUGCGUUUCCGACUUAAAUCACUGGCAGCUUCCAACACCGGCGGCAGUUGGCAUCACAACGCCCUGAACACCACGGAGAAUGGGGUUAUUAUGGUGCACGAAGUUCCCUCAGGAGCGACCCGACAACAUAAGCAAGGAAGCCGACAGCAGGCGUCCCAUGAAGCAACGUACCUUGCGUCAACACCUGUUCCGCGUGAGGCAGCAUGGCAGUCCAUUUGGCACUCAACUGAUGUUGUGGGACCCACAGAAGUCGUAACAGCACCGUGGAGGGGGGAAGAGGGAGUAGUUGAACGGCGCUCACAUUUGGUGGAUCCUUCCUUGCAUUCCAGUGAUGUUCACCGGCAGGGAAAGCGUGGUAGUAGGGACACUAACGAUGCGGCCAUCGAAAGUCAAGAAAGGAGCAUGAGCAUUCAACCUCGAAGAGCCGCAACCACGGAAAGUGGCAGCACUGUAACCACCACUAGCUCCAGAGUGGGGUCUCGCGUGCUUCUUGCUGAUGCUGCUGUCGCCAAGUCAGCACACGAAUCUGCAACUGCGGAAAAGCAGGAAACUCCGGUGCCGCAGGAGUGCGGAUCUUCAGAGAGAUCAGGCCGGGCAGGAAAUGAUGAGAAGGAUGAGGUGGCGCAUAGCAAGAGCUCGUCAGGCAGCACCAAGGUGACCAGGAGCAACACAACGGGAGAAAUUAACGGUGAAGUGGACCGUUCGCACCCACCUGUCGUGCAGGGGUCGCACUCGGAGGGUCCCCUCUCCCUUAAUGCAUCUGAGGGCAAUACCGCCAUUGCUUCCUCUUCCAAAAUGUCAUCUGUGCGUUCACACAAGAGCCAGUCUGUCACAACGCCACGUGCAGCCGCGUCCCACGCGCUAAGUGAUUUGGUGGGACGAAUUAACGCUGAGGAGGAGGACAAACGGAAAGAAAUUGAGAAAGAGGAAGAGACGAACCGAGGUGGCAUUAAGUGGGCCGCCACCUCUCAGCACAACUUGCUGGUGCAACGCCAAACAGCGAUGGAAGAGUUUUCUGGGCGUGAGGAGAGUAAUGUGGUUUUGUUGGACCGCACGACCAUAUCCGAUGAUGGCAGUGAGGAUGAUAUUUUAUAUCGAAAAGGAGAUGACAGUGAUGACUCCAUAUGA